AUGGCCCAUCUCAUCGAGGAUCGGGGUCAUUUUGCCCCGGAUGGGUCAUGGCCAAUCUCUGUGCUUGUCACCGAUAUGAAUAUACAGAGAAAUCUCUACGUGAACGGCGAGGAUCACAUCGGUGGAUCGAUGCUCAGAAUCGUCAAUGAAGUUGAUAUUGGACGUGAUUGGUCGGAUCAUGCUUUGUGGUGGCCGGAGAAGAGGCGAUGGCUUCGGCACACGAGAAGUACUCUCGAUCAGAAUGGAAUCACCGCCGAGACGCAACUCGAAUUCACCCCGAGACACAAAGAAGUCAAAGUUCAACUCCCCGAUAAACAGCUUAUCGACGCUCGUUUGGAUUUCUCGGUGAACGUUUUCCAAUGCACUCAACAAUUGUGCCGAGAUCUUGGCAUUCGAUACUCCGAAGAGCUCUCGUUAAAGAGAUACAUUCCACCGGAGAUCCUCCGCAAAGGCACCGCCUACGAGAGCGAAAAUGGACCAACGCCGAUUCGACCCGGAGAGGAAUCAAUCGGACCAAUGACCCUUCGAAAAGCCACUCCAAUCUUCGCAUCUCAAUCGAAUUUGGAUCGAAGAAAGCGUCACCAAUCGCCGGCUCUCUCCACCCAAGGACAUGUCUUCAACGCGUACGAGAUGGGCACUCUUCCGAGACACGGAAACACCCUGCCGAGGGGGAUCUCACCCGGACCUGGAGCGUACAAUGACACAAUGCGCCGAAACAUGAUGCCGUCGAUUUCAUUCUGUGAGGGUUUAGAGAACGAGAAUUUCGACAUGGCACUCGUUCACUCGCCGCGAAUCGCCCCAACAAAGGACACUCCUGUUUUCCGUCCGCAAACUCUUGUCGAAAAGGCCGCUCUCAAUAGGGGAUGGUUGGACAGCAGUCGUUCUUUGAUGGAGCAAGGGGUUUUCGAGGGCGACAUCGUCAUUCUUCAAUACCGUUUCAUGUCGUUCUUCGAUUUGAAUCCAAGAUACGAUCCAGUUCGCAUCAAUCAACUCUACGAGCAAGCGAAAUGGAGUAUUUUGUUGGAGGAAUUGGAUCACACCGAAGAAGAGGCUACCCUAUUCGCUGCGUUACAGCUACAAGCCACCCUUCAACGAGAUUCUCCGGAACCCGAAGAACCGGGAAAAGACGAUGUCGACAUCAUGCUCGAUGAAUUGGAGCAAAGCCUUGACGCGGCCGCCUUCUCGCGUCGCUCCGAUCUGACGCAAGUGCCCGAGUUGGCCGACUACCUCAAAUACAUGAAACCAAAGAAAUUGGCGGCAUUCAAGGGUUUCAAGCGUGCUUUCUUCACUUUCCGUGACCUCUACCUCUCCUAUUACAACAGCUCGGCCGAAAUUGGUGGAAAUCCGCUUGGCAAUUUCUCCCUAAAAGGCUGCGAAGUUGCCCCAGAUGUUUCGGUGUCUCAGGGCAAAUAUCACAUCAAAUUGCUCGUGCCCACCGCCGAGGGAAUGACCGAUCUUGUGUUGAAAUGUGAAACGGAGCAUCAAUACGCGCGUUGGAUGGCGGCUUGUCGUUUAGCGUCGAGGGGGAAAUCGAUGGCCGAUGCCUCGUAUCAACAAGAAGUUGACUCGAUUAAAGGAUUGAUCAACAUGCAACAAGGAACACUUCCCCGAAACGAGAAUGGCAGCGGGAAACGCCAAGCAGCCGCCGUUCGUUUACCCGACGAUUUCAACGUCGAAGAGUACGUGAGUCAACGAUAUGCGAAACGAAGGAGUAAACAACAGUUCCAACAGCGAAUCUCCGAUGCGCACUCAAAUGUGAAACAAUUGACUGCUACAGAAGCCAAGCUACAGUAUGUGAGAGCCUGGCAGGCACUUCCUGAGCACGGAAUGCACUACUUUGUCGUGCGUUUCCGAAAUGGAAAUCGAAAAUCGGAUUUGAUCGGUAUCGCCAGCAAUCGGAUCGUUAAAUUCAACAUCGACAACGGGGAAAGCGUGAAAACGUGGCGCUACACGAAUAUGAAGAAAUGGCAUGUGAAUUGGGAGAUUCGGCAUUUGAAGGUUCAAUUCAACGAGGAGGACAUUGAGUUCAAGCCACUGUCAGCCGAUUGCAAGGUUGUUCACGAGUUCAUCGGCGGCUACAUCUUCGUUAGUAUGCGAAACAAAGAGCAAAGCCAGCAAUUGAACGAGGAGAUGUUCCACCAAUUGACCGGUGGAUGGGGA